GAUGCACACGGACGACGUCUUUCUGGCAUCGCUACUACCAGACAGAGAGGACAGGGGAGGUCAGACUCAGAAACGCUCGCUCACGACGGCAGCAGCCAUGGCAGCAUCGUGCGGCGGCCGCGUGGUGGUCUUCCCGUUCCCGUUCCAGGGCCACUUCAACCCGGUGAUGCGCCUGGCCCGCGCGCUGCACGCCCGGGGCGUCGGGAUCACCGUGUUCCACACCGCCGGCGCGCGGGCGCCGGACCCGGCCGACUACCCCGCCGACUACCGCUUCGUGCCCGUGCCCGUGGAGGUGGCCCCGGAGCUGAUGGCGUCCGAGGACAUCGCCGCCAUCGUCACGGCGCUCAACGCCGCCUGCGAGGCGCCCUUCCGGGACCGCCUCUCGGCGCUGCUCUCCGCCGCCGACGGCGAGGCGGGGGAGGCGGGGGGCCGCGUCCGCUGCGUCCUCACCGACGUCAGCUGGGACGCCGUGCUGUCGGCGGCCCGCGGCCUCGGCGUGCCCGCGCUCGGCGUCAUGACGGCCAGCGCCGCCACGUUCCGCGUCUACAUGGCGUACCGCACCUUGGUCGACAAGGGAUACCUGCCGGUGAGAGAGGAGCGCAAGGACGACGCGGUCGCCGAGCUACCCCCGUACCGCGUGAAGGACCUGCUGCGGCACGAGACGUGCGACCUGGAGGAGUUCGCGGACCUGCUGGGCCGCGUGGUCGCGGCGGCGCGGCUGUCCUCGGGGCUCAUCUUCCACACGUUCCCCUUCAUCGAGGCCGGCACGCUGGGCGAGAUCCGGGACGACAUGUCGGUGCCGGUGUACGCCGUGGCGCCGCUCAACAAGCUGGUGCCGGCGGCCACGGCCAGCCUGCACGGCGAGGUGCAGGCGGACCGGGGCUGCCUGCGCUGGCUGGACGCGCAGCGGGCGCGCUCCGUGCUGUACGUGAGCUUCGGGAGCAUGGCGGCCAUGGACCCGCACGAGUUCGUGGAGCUGGCGUGGGGGCUGGCCGACGCCGGCCGCCCCUUCGUGUGGGUGGUCCGGCCCAACCUCAUCCGCGGCUUCGAGUCGGGCGCGCUGCCCGACGGCGUGGAGGACCGGGUGCGCGGCCGCGGCGUCGUCGUCAGCUGGGCGCCGCAGGAGGAGGUGCUCGCGCACCCGGCCGUGGGCGGCUUCUUCACCCACUGCGGCUGGAACUCCACCGUGGAGGCCGUGUCGGAGGGCGUGCCCAUGAUCUGCCACCCGCGCCACGGGGACCAGUACGGCAACGCGAGGUACGUGUGCCACGUCUGGAAGGUGGGCACGGAGGUCGCCGGGGACCAGCUGGAGAGAGGGGAGAUCAAGGCCGCCAUCGACAGGCUCAUGGGCGGCAGCGAGGAAGGGGAGGGCAUCAGGAAGAGGAUGAACGAGCUCAAGAUCGCUGCGGACAAGGGCAUCGAUGAAUCUGCUGGGUCGGAUUUAACUAAUUUGGUUCAUCUCAUAAACUCCUACUGAUCGAUCCUUGUAUUGGGUACCAUGUUCCGGAUGAUGAGUUGGAAUAAAUCAAAACUUGUGUUCC